CCACUAGUAUUAGCGGUUCGUAGAAAGAAAGAUGUACAACGGUAGCGGCACCUUAAUUGGUAAUAAUAAGAAACAACGUCCCACAACUGGAUAUUUAGUUAGACCGAGAUUGGGUGCACUCAGGUCUAUUUAUUCUAACAGGCCUUUUUCAGCAAUGUCGCCAGAAAAAAGAAAGAAAUUGAAAAAAUCGGCUCCCCCAAAAAUGGAAUGGAGAAGAAAACCCGAUUAUGCGGAAACGGCUUAUCGCGAGGCCGUUGGUCGUCUCCGAAUUCUUCUCGCAGAGAGUUACACUCCAAUCAAAAGACCUUUGAAAGAAUUGGAAAGCGCUGGCGAAGAAACUGAUAAUCAAUCUUUAAUGAGCGCUGGAAGCAGAAAUUCCAGAUUGAGCAGACAUUAUUAUCACUACAAUCCUGGGCCUCCUAGAAAGUAUUAUUAUUAUCCAACGUUAAAAACUCAUUAUCCUUUGAGCACAGAUACUGAAAAAAAUUUGCAGGAUCCACCGAAAUUAGAAAACAAUGCUCCACCAGAGCUGAUGUCUUUCAUAGAACGCCAAGAAGAAUAUAUCGAACAACUUGAAAAGGAAUCUAGAUUCUGUCGGGAAGAAUUAUCUUCACUACUGAGCAAAGUUAAAGAUGUCAUUAGUGAAAACGAAAAUCUACACGAGAAACAAAAGUCCAAAUUGAUUAAAUCAGUGUUUGAUCAUUUGGACACUGAAACUGAAACAGAAACUGACAUUGAAAAUAGAAAUAUUUUGAAAUCUCCAAAAAAGACAAGAAAAACGAAAAUAAUUGAAGGGCCUUCGAUUGUUUUCGAAUCCAGAAUAUCAGAAUUAGAAGGUCAAUUGACUCAAUUGAAAAUAGAACUUAAAAAAGCGCAGGACGAAAAUGAAUUGUACAAAAGGAAAAUUAACGAUGGAACUAUUUUAGAUACUUUCGGUUAUGAAUCUUACAAAAAACAAUUAGAAAACGUUCAAAGAGAAAAAGAAAAUUUGCAAGAUACUGUUCACAAAUUACAAAACGCAUUAAGUCUCCUACGAGAAAAAGAAACCGAUACAACAGAUAAAGUCAAAAGAAGUUUAGACGUUGCAGAACAAGCUCAAUACGAGAAAAACGCAGCUGAAGCUGAAAUUCGACGACUGAAAGAUGAACUAGAAAGACAACAUAUGAAGCUCAGAGAUGCUAUUGCAGAACAGGGUAGAAGAAUAACGGAUGAAAGAUCAGCCGUUGAAAGAAGGUAUACCCAACAAAUCGAGCAACUAACGGCUGAAUUGGGAGUCCAGUGGGAAAGUACGAACAAGUUGCAAUUGGAAUUGGACAAACAAAGAAGAGAAAAUUCGGAUUUGCGAAGAGAUGUCGCUCAAAAGCAAGCACUCGUUGAUGAACUACGUAAAGAUAUGCAAAAUAAAAUUAUUAACUUACAGUCCGACAUCGGUGUAAGUGGUGCAGAAAAAAGUGCUCUAGAACAACAAAUCGCUACCUUACAAAUGGCGAACGAAAGAAGCGAACGUCAGUUCAAGCAAGAGAUAGUACGUUUGCAGGCUGAGCUCCAAUCAUUAAGACAAAGAUUGGACAGAGCUGACGCUGAUCUCAUACAUAGCAGAAGGGAAAAUAUCAGAUUGUCAGAACAAAUAGCGUCUCUAGAAAAAGAGAUUGCUUUGAAUACUGCUUUAUCGGAAGAGAGAAAUAACACUCCUAGAACCCCAAGAGGUGGUGAAAUUGUUGCAUUACCCCCACCAACUCCAAAAAUCGAAGACAGAGAAAAGGAAUUGAGCUCAUUGAUACACGAUAUGGAAAACAAACAUGCGGCUACUGUAACCGAAUUAGAAGGCAUGAUCUACUCCCAGAAUCAACUCAUGGAAAAAUUGUCCUCCGAGUGUCAGGCUCUUACUCAAAAACUGGAAGAUACGACUAUAAAACAUAAGGAGGAAAUACGGGAACUACAAACUAACCUAGAAUACUUAAGAAAUAAGUUUAGUCAGUCUUAUUAUUCAACGUCUAAUUCUAAAGAUGAACAACAUACUCCAACAAGCGUUGAAAGAUCUCCACAACUACGAAAUCCUCAACAAACAGUUAACUCCCCGCCACCGCCAACCAAACCAACUGAACCUGUUGAAACAACAACAACAACAGAGACGCCACAAAAAUCUUCCCCGACCAAUAUGAAUACUUCCAAUAAUAAUCCCACGAUAAUUUCGUCUAGACAAAACAGUCAAGAUGAAAUACAAGUACAAACAAAUCAAGAACAUACAGAACCAGCUUACGAGUACCCAGCUGAAGGUUCAGAAAAUCAGUUUCAGUAUGAUUCCAAUCAACAGUACGACCCGAAUCAAUACGAUCCCAAUCAACAGUACGACCCUAACCAACAGUAUGAUCCUAACCAACAGUAUGAUCCUAACCAACAGUAUGAUCCUAAUCAACAAUAUGAUCCUAAUGAACAAUACGAUCCGAAUCAAUAUGAUCAACAUUAUGAUCCUAAUUUGCAAUACGAUCCUAAUCAGCAAUAUGAAAUAGAUCCAAACGAUCCCAAUCAGCACUAUAUCGAUCCUAAUUCACAAAAGACAAUUAGUACUGAUGAAACAGUUGAAGGUGAAGGCAGUAAAUAAUUUUAAAUAUUCAUAACGAUACGAUUGUAAUUGUGGCAAUUUGUAAAACAUAAUUUCUCGUUUAUUGUUGAUAUUUUGAGUUGAGAUUUGGCAAAAAAGUCGUUUUAUUACUAUCUUAACUUUAAGACGUUAGAUAUUUAAAUUUUAAUCUGGUUUUUAGUAUCAAAUUCACAUCAUUUAUAGAAAAAUUGUUAUACAUAUACAUUAGGGCAAUUUCACCGUAACGUAGGUGGUCAGUUGGUAGCAGUGAUUCAUGUUUGACAGUUGGUUUUGGAAAUAUUAUUUGAAUUUGAAAGUGUGCUUGAGUCAGAAAAAAACUAAACUUGUAAGCGGAAUGUAGGGUGAAGAACUUCAAUUUACACCACGAAACGUGGCUUCUACCACCAUAAAUAGAGAGUGACACAUAAUUUCAAUAUAUUGAACUGUCAAAAUGAAACUGUUAGUCAGGGGUACCAGCCCACUACAGAAAAUUACCAAAAAUGUGAGCGAGAAUAAUGUUGAUCUAAUAGCGAAACAGAGAAAAAAUUAAUCGUUCAAUUUUUAACAUUCACUAAUAAAAAAGUUUAAUUGUUGCUGAUUGAAUCCAUUGCUUGUUGUAACAGGCAUCCGAGGAUCGCGGAAUAUUUCUUAUUGUUGUUAAAACCAACCUUAUAUAAUAGUUAUUGAAUGAAAAAAUCAAAGUUUCGUAUGAUUUAACUCGUU